CACUACAUUACAGGUGAAAGAAGGUUUUUUUGGAUCAUAUUUCCUUUUCCAUCUGUUAUUGAAGAACUUUCUUCCACUCUGAACUCUUAAGGGUUAACUGGCACUGGGUGGAGGAGGGGGAAAUCAGAGGUCAGCUCAUGUUCUGAUAUCAGUGAACUCACAAGUUACUCCUUAAGCAUGUGGUUUCAUCCUAGGUUCUUCCUGCCAGCAAUUUCUCACUUUAAUCAUACACCCACAGCAACCCAGAUCUUUAAAUUCAGCAAUUCUUUCUCAGGUUUCAGCAAGUCAUUGGCAGCCUGAGCUAUUUUUGGGAUAUUUUCUCUACUGCAGAUGCAGCUUAGGAAAACGCAGGGAGCAUGCUAAAGACCUGCAGCUAUUUGCCUUGUACAAUUUGUUCAUUUCUCUUUAUUUCUCUGUUUUCCUGCACUCAUCACUUAAAGGACAAUCUUUCUUGCAAACAAAAUCCCUGGAGCCUGAUUAGAGGGACUGAAGGCUCCCAGGCACGGAUUGCCUGCCAGCCACAGCACGGCGAAGCGGGCGCGGCAGGAGGCGGAGCGGGCCGCCGCACGUCCCCCGGCCGGCCGGCCGGCCCCCCCGCCAUGGGUCGGAAGCGCUGCGUGGGGGGAGACGGCUCCAAGAUGGCGGCGGGUUGCUGCGGGGUGAAGAAGCAGAAACUCUCCAGCUCCCCUCCCUCGGGCUCGGCCGGCCCGGGUGGCGGCGGCGGCGGCUCCCACUGCGGCGGGGCGGCGGCGGCGGGGGGCGAGCCGGGGGCGCUGCCCCCGCCGGGGGGCCCCCGCCUGAACGGCAUCGGGGGGCUGGCGGGGGGCGCCGCCGGCUGCGCCCUGUCCCCGCCGCUGCCGCCCAGCUGCGGCGGGGGCCCCGCCGGCCUCUCCCCGCCGGCCUCCUCGCUGCUCGCCUCCCCCGGCUCCGGCGGGCCCGGCUGCAGGAAGAUGGUGGUGUCGGCCGAGAUGUGCUGCUUCUGCUUCGAUGUGCUUUACUGUCACCUGUACGGAUACCAGCCCCCGCGGAGCCCCCGCUUCACCAACGACCCAUACCCACUGUUUGUAACGUGGAAGAUCGGUCGAGAUAAGCGAUUGCGAGGAUGCAUAGGUACUUUUUCCGCCAUGAACCUGCAUUCAGGACUCAGGGAGUACACACUUACUAGUGCCCUUAAAGAUAGUCGUUUCCCCCCCAUGACGAGGGAUGAGCUGCCGCGGCUUUUCUGCUCAGUGUCUCUACUCACUAACUUUGAAGAUGUAUGUGACUACAUGGAUUGGGAGGUGGGUGUGCAUGGCAUUAGAAUAGAGUUCAUCAACGAGAAAGGAUCCAAGCGCACGGCCACCUACUUACCAGAGGUUGCCAAGGAGCAAGGAUGGGACCACAUUCAAACCAUAGAUUCCUUGUUGAGGAAAGGAGGCUACAAAGCUCCGAUUACUAAUGAAUUCAGGAAAACAAUAAAGCUAACCAGGUACCGCAGUGAGAAGAUGACGAUGAGCUACACAGAGUACCUUGCCCAUCGUCAGCAUCAUCACUUCCAGAAUGGUAUUGGGCACCCCCUUCCACCAUACAACCAUUAUUCCUGACACUGAGCCGCAUGACCAGUCACUGGACCUCUCUGCAGACCUCUUCCCAGGAGACCCUGCCCCCUCUUGGUCUAGCUAUCUCUAUUACUGUACCAUUUUAUGAUGAUAGUUUCCGUUGCCACGUUGAGGCUCCUUGGUUGGUUCGGCUCAUCGUGGCAACGGGAGGGAAAGCUGCAUUACUACGAAGAUCCCAUACCUUUUUAUUAUUGAUUCACUGCAGAUUUUUUUGCAGCAUAUACCCUUGGGUUUUUUAUGGAAAAUUUAAAUUUCUACUUCAUUAACAUUGAAUUAUAUCAAUCAAGGCUUUCUGUAACUGUGGAUGGAAGGAAGAGUUUAAGGAUUGCAGUUAGGGAUGCUUUGCUUAGCGAAAAGGCGUUCAUGGCUUUUGCUUUAAUGGGUGUGAUAGGGAAUGAAACAUAUCAGAUUCAGGUAUUGAAGUAGACAAUUAAUUGCAUUUUCAUAACAUUCUUAAUGACGUUGUGUGUACAGUAUCUCACCUUCACAGUAAAGAUUUCAUGUAGCUCUGUACAGGAUCUCCAGAUCCAGCACAAACAGCCAGAGCACCAAGGCUGACAUACAAAAUGCUUUUUUGGGAUGAAGAGAAGCAACUCAUGUACGGCGAGAGGUGAUGUUAACAUGGCAGCAUGUUCAGAAUCAAGUGGCCUAAAUGAUUUGGGCACAAUCCAAUCCAGGACCCUUUUGUGUCCCAUCCUGUGCUGGGAAUCACAGGCAGCCCAGGCCUGUCAGGAGUAGUCACAAGAAUGCAUUUGUAAUGAGACAAUGCCUUUCUGAUGACUCGAAUUAGGAGUGACAUUUGUGUCCUAAAAACAAAUUGGUGAGUAGCAGAUGUCAUAUUAGGAAGGAAAUGGAUUUAGAUUUUAGUGCCUUUGACUAUAACAUAAUUAUAUACUUAUAUAUAAAAUUCAUAGAAAACAUAUACUCCAGACAUUUUUGCAAACCCUGUUGAGGCUGCUCUGGCAUCAGGGUUUUGGACACUUUUUUUUCUCUUUAAAGUGAGAUUUACUUUUUUUAUUAUUAUUAGCAAACUUAUUUUGGAAAAGAGAAAUCCCUGGUUUUUUUCUUCAUCUGCUCUUGAACUUACUGAAUUUUAUCAAGUCAUAAAUAGUUGGAUCAAGUUAACUUUUGUUUAAGAAAAGAAAAAAGACUGUUGUGAGAGAGCCAGGACAAGUAUGCCAUAAUGUUACAUGUUUUCAUCUAUUGCAGGAAUAGUGCUUGAGAAGCUGUAAGUACUGUGUAAUAAUUCUGAUACCCUUCCACACGGUAGAAGAAAGAAAACCGAUUGGAACUUUUUCCUGCUGUAAAAAUAGGAUUUAGUAAAAGGUAUGUGUGGUGUGUUUGCAAGGCCAGUCGAUGGCAGGAGCUCACUGCUUCCUCCUGUGCCUGCAGAACUCCCACUGCUGCCUGCUGCAGCACAGGCCCCCUGUUACAGAAAAGACCUUCCUAAUCUGAGUGAGUAAACCACAACAAGCAGAAAUUCCAGUUACUUUGAAUAAUGAAUGUUUGUAAAUACAUAGAUAUAUAAAAAUCAAAUAGAUAAAAAUCAGUUUUAAAAAAAUUGGAUUAACUGUAAAAGUGUUUCAAUAGGGUUUCAAAGUCGGAUAAGGUUAAAUUAUGUUCAUCCCUUAUGUGAGGUUAGGUUUGCCACAUAAUUUCUAUGGAGGUUCUUGAAGAAGGUCUUUGGUAUUCCUUCAUCCACAGCAUUUAUGUCCAAAUAUUACCAUUUUCAGUUGCGAUGCCUUAAUUUUUAAGCAGAGGGCCUGAAACUUCAGGAGCCAAGAGAUGCCAGCCAGAAGCUGCAAAAAUGAGUAGAUGUUUAUACAGAGGCUAUUUUGGAUGAUACUGUUGUCUUGUUUCUACUUGGGGAACACUUUUAGACGAAUUAGUCUUCAAGUGGAAAUGUGAACAAGUGGCUACCUGAUAGAGUUGUGUUGGUUUUUUUUCUUGCCCUUAUAGGGAACCUGAGCACAAACUGAAUCAUUCUGCUGCGAAAAAAAGUCAUCCAACCCCAUCUUUAUCUGUCAUCUCGUUACAGCUCGCUCGUGCUUCUGCAUGAGCUCAUUGUUAGAAGUUUUUUAAAAAGAUCUAUUAUAUAUAAAAAUAUAUAUGUAUUGAAAGGUGCUAAUCAACCUCAAGAAGGUCACGUGACUGGUCAUGCGGAUCUAAAAUCAUAUCAGAUUUUUUAAGAAAUCUUUGAUAUAUGCAGAUGUUAUACAGAAUUUCUUACCAGUGUAAUAAUGAUAUACUGAUGAAUAAACAAUCCUGCAGGAUUUUAAGGACAAGGUCAGCAAUACUUCCCACCAUGGCUUGGGGGAGAAAAGGAUAGUUUUGUCUCCUUUUUGUAUACAGCAUAAUGCACAAUGCAUUUUUGUCUAUCUCUUAGUAGCUGUUGCUUAAAAAUAUAGUUCAAGGGUGUUAUACAAACUGUAAAGGUGUGCUUUUGAGCCGAGCUCAUGCCAGACCCUUCUGGACCAGAGUUUCGUAUCACUAAUUUAAAAACUGUUACAGAGUCUGUGGUCAAUCAGAUUGUAUGGGGUUUUGUUUUUUUUUAAUUGGAAUAAUCAGUCUACCUACAGUGUUUCUAGGGCACCUACCUCCUCAGCACACUGUGCUGAACUGCUGCAGAUUGUUUCUCUGUAAUUGUGGGAUUCUUUGUACCAAACGUGCAGCUCACUGUGACACGCACUGGCACAGAAUAGGUCUGUUUGCUUGAAGCUGAUCAGCGAUUGCCCUCACAAAUGUCAUUCCCUCGUAGUUACAUUUAGUAGCUUUUAGCUGUAUUGUUGGGGUUAGCUACAGAUUUGUUUUCAUUUGGGGUACUUUAUAGAAAUUAAGGUACAACCAAGUAGCUUAUUUCACUGUUUGUUAAGUUGAAAUGCUGAUUUAUUUUUUUUUACGAGCACUACUCAGUUUGCCUUAUUCCAUUGAAGAGAUUGUUGGGUUGUUUUUUUUUUCAUUCUCUUGCCUGAUGUUCCUAAAAACUCUGUUCUGUAAACUGAGUUAGACAACCAAACCAUAGACUUGACACGAAGCUGUUACUUGGUGAUGCUUCAAGUGUCCUUCCUGCUGCCAUCCCAGCGGAUGCUGCUCCGGCAGGGGUGGACGCUCCGGUCCUGACCUCAGCCCCGCUCUGGAACCAAGGUGGGCACAGCCCUGGCACACCUGGAGUCUGUAUAUGGACCUCUACUUGUCUUCAACUGUGCGGGUUUUUAAAACUGUUGUCUGGAGUAGGUUACAUCUCUUAUGUGUGUUAGAUCGAACCAAAGAAGCCUCCAGCCAUGCCCAAAUGCUGCUCCUAAAGCCUGCCUUCCAGUCCUUACAAAAUCCUUGCAGGAUUAAAUGUGUUAACUUUUUUAUUUUUGUACAGUUUCUAACUGAUUUUUCCUAGUGAUGUUAAUUGAAUUAAGUUUAUUUGAGGAGUCUGAGUAUCUCCUCCAUUUAAAUAAACUGGUGACUUUCAUUUUAUGUUAAAAAAAAAAAGUUUAAAAAAAAAAAAAGAGAAACCCAAAGUGUGCCUCUCAGAUUUAAGGGUUUCUAGUUACAUUUAUUCUUAAGACCAGCAAUGAUUCUUUAUAUACAAAGAUAUGUUUUCCUCAUUUUUUAUUACUGUUAAAGAAAAAAAAAUAAAAAAGAAAAACCUCUUUCUUUGCUCUGGACUCAGUAAUUGCGCUGGUACAUAAACGCACUGAGAAAACAAACUUUUGUUUGGAACUUUUGUAACAACUUAUGACUGUUUUUGUAUAUCAAAGUUGAUUCUUUUCAAGAUAUUUGGAUCUAGUUUCUAAGUUAUUUUAGUGUUUUAUAUGUUACAAAAAAAAAAAAAAAAAAAACAAAAAACAAACAAACUUACUUUGAAUUGUUCACCAGCAUCUUGAGUUCUCUUCAGUGCCGUGGUGACACACAGUGGGGUUAGAGCUACCUGGAGUAGCUUGUGAGGCCUCGGUCUUUUCCUUCCUUCCUUAGCAACUCAAUUGAUUACAGUAAUAUCACAGAUUACCCGAACCCCCUUCCUUUAUAACUAGAUCCUUCUUCCUUCCACAUUUAAUUGCUAUUAGUGUGAAGAAACUGUUGAAAUGGGCAUUUUAAUAUAAGUACGGCUUAAAAAGAGAAAAAUGAGGAAAAAAGAAAAAAAAAUGCUAGAAGGUUAUCUGUGGGUCUGUGAGAUAUGGCUGUGGAAAGAUAUUGUAGUAGUUUUAACACUAUUGUUAUUACCUUUUAAAUCAUUUACCCAAUAAAAUAAGGAAAAAGAACCACCA